AUGCGCGCCGGCCUCCUCGCGCUCGCCCUCCUCGUGCCGGGCGCGAAGGCUUUCUGGCCCUUCAAGAAGGAACGCUUCACUGCAGAGACCCUCCUCGAUGCAGGCUCGCUCGGUCUCGACCCCGCCUGGCAAUACGAUGCUGGGCCGCUGCUCGAGUUCGACAAGGUCGUGUACAAUGUCAUCCCCGCCGACUUUAAUGGAGACGGACGGCUAGACCUCCUUGUCAUGACCGGAGAUGAGGACCAGUGGUGGUCCAAGUCCGACAAAAGCCUUCACAUGACCGUUGUGCUCGGUAACGAGUCCGGCUUCGGUCAGCGAUGGGACCUCGCAAAGUCCGGCCGGCAUCAGCCCUUCGUGUUCGACGAUGAGCACAACCUGCUGCCUUCGCUGCUCGGAUACCUUCCGGACGGCGACCGGGACAACAAUCUCCGCUCGUGGAAGAACACCGACGGCUCGCCCAUGAAGAUUGGUCGGCCGAGCUUGUUCCCGAUUGACUCAGGCUGCACGCUUGCGAACCCGCACUCGUCAGCGUACGUCGACAUGGACGGAGACUGUGCGCCGGAUGUGGUACUGCACUGCCAGUCGCCGAAGGCGAACAACCGCAAGCUGCAGGUGUACGAGAACCGAGGGACGGAGGGCUAUGUGGUUGCCAACGUGAUCGACCUGCCGACGUACAGCCGUGCUGUCACGUUCGCCGACAUGAACCGGGACGGAGCCGUCGACCUUGUGUUCGCAACGUGCAAACGGCACAUGCCGUCGUCAGGCCUCGGAGAGGAGUGCAGCAUCAAUGUCGCGUACAACAUCCAAGCGCCAGUGUGCUCGGGCGAGUGGUCGCAGUACGAGAAGGACGGACAGCUUCGGUGCCGCGGCUGGGGUGAGCUGUGCCAGUCCGACCCGAACUGGAGCUUCGACUUCUCCGAAAAGCGGGGCACGUUCUUGAGCGUACCACUCGAGGAGCUUUUCCCAGGACAGAACGCCGAGCUCCUGCUCUCUGUCCCCGGCAACGCUCACAUUCCGCUUCCGCUGCGACCGGGAGACUUUGACGUCGACGGUUUCCCGGAUCUUCUCGUCACCCUCAAGACGGACAAGGGCACGCAGGUGAAGAUCUUGAAGAACGUGCCGUGCGGCAAAGGCGUCGCCGGUUGCGCCGGCCUGCCGAGAGGCAGUCGCGGCCUCAUCGUCGCCCAGGGCAAGGGCUAUGAGGCCCUCGACGCCAUCACUGAUGCCGAGGGUGCGUCCUGGAUUGAUCUCGACGACGAUGGGUCGCUGGACAUUCUCGUGCAGCGCUCUGGAAAGCAGAAGGGCAGCAAGGCGCACGUUACUUUUAUUCAGAACAACUUCUACCACGACGCUUUCUUCCUGAAGGCUCAGGUGCUGAACGGCGCAUGCGACCGCGAUUGCGAGCCCACGGACGGAGGCAAGAAGUACUCGUCCCUCGGAGCGAGCUACUCGGGUGCGACGUUCAAGUUCACCGUGUUUGAUACGGCAGGCAAGCGGCACGCGCAACAGGUUCCCCAGCUCCCGCAAGUUGCUCACCAUGCCCUGUAUUCUCCGCAUACGUAUAUCGGUCUGGGACGAACCAACAACUACGUCGAGGUGAUCAUCAACCCGCCCUGGGCGCUGAGCCCGAAGGCGAACACGAAUGUGAAGACACGCGCAACCGAGUGGCGCUCCGAGCUCUUCCUGCACCCGGGCGACUGGAUCCCAUGGGUCGCAGCGGCAGUGGUCGGCACCGUGCUCUUCCUUGGCAUGGUCGUCGUGUGGCUGAACGACAGGGAGAAGAAGGAGGACGAGAAGGAGCGCAGGCGCGCGCUCCACGCUAUCAACUUCCAGGCUUUGUAG